AUGCGUGGAUCCAUAAAAGUUGCAUCAUGCAUAAACAUUCAUAUAAGGAGUGGAUGCUUAUAUUCAUUGAAGGAUAUGGUUCAGGGUUUAAAUGUGGAUUUCCAUUUAAUAAUGUCAUUUAAAAAAGCUUCAAAGGUCCCUUUUAAAUCCGUCUCACAUCCAUUUAUUUCAUUUGUUCCCAUGAAACCAACAAAUAAGGACCUGUCCCGAGAAUUUGAGAUGGGAUUUCAACUGUUUUAUUUUUAUUUAUCACCAAUUGUGAUGAUCACUGACAGCAAAUUACAAUUCCCGCAAAAUUUAGCUGUUUUGCUCAUUGAGAAAUCAUCGUUUACCAAGCUUAAAUAUAGAAUUAGUAGUAGUAGUAGUGCAGUUUUUUGGCCACAAUUAUUAAGCAACAAGUCACCGAGUGGUACGAUCUUGGUGACUACGACAACACCGCCAUCCAUCAAAGUGGAUAGAAAUCCCGGUUUCCCAUAA